UGCAAGUUCAAACCCAGGAAUUUGUUUUGUUCAUUUUUUAUUUAAAGCAUUUUCAUUUUUGGCUUAUUUUAUUUUGAUUAUUUUUUUUGAAUCCUUAUAAGUUAAUUGUUUUGUUAUAGUUAUGAUUUCAAUAGAUUUUUGGGUUGUAAAAAAUAUCACAGGAAGAUUACUUAUUUCACUAAGAUGGUGGUCCGAAUGUAAAUAAAAUAAUUAAACUUAAUGGAUUUUUGAAUGUAAAAUAAAUAAGCAUGAAAUAUCUGAUUUUAAUUAUAGAUUUUUUUGGAUUAUUCAACUCGCUUCUAAUGUAACUUGGAUAGUAUUUUUGGUUUUAAAUAUUAUUGGCUUAGAUAUUUAAGAUGCUUUAAUUUGUGGGUUCGGAGUUUUAAUGAAUGGAAUAAAUUCUUAUUAUUUUUAUUUAUGUGACUAUAAAAGAAAAGAAAGAUUAAAAUAAUUAGCAAAUGAAUUCCAUUCAGAUAUUCCAUUUUCUUUCAUGAAAGGAUCUAUCAGAUUACCACUUUGAGAUACAUUUAUUAAAUUUUAUUGUUUAUUUUACUUUU